UCUACGUGAUUCUUAAUUAAGACUGUUCUAUUAAAACUACAUUUGGGGUAAAAAAACAAACGAAAGAAACUAACUAAGUGAAACGAUGUUCUUCAAUUUAACUUGACACUUGUUUUUUUUAAUUAAACAAUGUCUGUGACUUGGGUGUUAAAUAGUCAAAGCCAAUCGACAAAUGCUUCAUAAAAAUCGUAUGAUGUUCUUUCAAACCAUCUAAGAGUCUUCUUUGCAGAUAAAUGAUUUAUGCAUAUCCAAUAAGUCAAGAUUACAACAUUCAGUGGAAUAAAAAGCUUGGAUCAGGAAUCAGCGGACCUGUUAGAGUAUGUACAGGCAAAGUCACAAAACAACAUUAUGCACUGAAAUGCUUGGUGGAUAGACCAAAAGCCAGGACAGAAGUGGAACUGCAUUACAGAUGUAAUCACCCAAAUAUUGUUCAAGUUAUAGAUGUGUAUGCAAAUGAAAUAGUUUUACCUGGAGAAAUGGUAUCCAAAUCAUAUUUGCUUAUGGUCAUGGAGUAUAUGGAGGGAGGUGAACUGUUUGAGCGAAUACGGAAGAAGGUCAGUUUCACAGAAAAGGAAGCAUGUGAGAUAACUAAGCAAAUUUCAUCUGGUUUGGGUCAUGUUCAUCAGAAAAAUGUUGCACAUAGAGAUUUAAAACCAGAAAAUCUGCUUCUUAAGAGUAGGACCGAUAACGUUUUUGUGAAAAUAGCUGACUUUGGUUUUGCAAAGGAAGACAAGGGAGAUCUGAUGACGCCCCAGUUUACUCCAUAUUAUGUUUCACCACAAGUUUUAGAAGCACAAAAAUUUCACAAGGCGCAGAAAUUAGGCCACAUUCCUGCAGGAAGCCCACCAUACACUUACAGCAAGAGCUGUGAUAUGUGGUCGCUUGGGGUGAUCAUCUACAUCAUGCUAUGUGGCUACCCGCCUUUCUACAGUGAAAACCCGCGCAAACAACUGUCUCAGGGAAUGCGACGGAGAAUAAUGGCUGGUGAAUACGACUUCCCACAUCACGAAUGGGGGCGUGUAUCUGACCUUGCAAAAGAUGUUGUCAAAAGGCUCCUGAAUGUAAAUCCAGAGGACAGAAUGACAAUACAGCAACUCCUGGUGCACCCAUGGCUAAAUAACGGAAAGGCUCCAAACACUCCUCUCCAGUCUCCUCACCAUUUGAUGGAUGAAGAAUCAUUUGAGGCAGCUAUGAAUGCACAUUCUGCGAUGCUUACUGAUAUGAGAUUGCCUGAACAAGCUUUCGGAAUUGACUCCAAUGCGAUGGCAAGGAACCCAAUAAUCCAAAGACGAAAGGCACCUGAUCAUGGGUAAGGCAGCAUUGCAAUUGUUUUUUCGAAACAGAUUUUUCUUUCUGUAUUGAAUAAGCUUUCCAGCUCAACAACACAGUAAGGUUCACCGGAAAUAGAUUAUCUGCCAAUCGGCUCGAACUGAAAACAUUCUGGUUAGCGCCUCAAAUAUAAUUGCCCUUUAAAAUUAAUUCGUGUUUGAAAAUGAUUGCCCCUCUUGGUUUUUUGCUGCUAUGUUUAGUUUUAAUUAAAGUUAUUUUUUUCUUGUUUAAUAAAUUUCUGCUUCAUUAUCUGUAUAAAGUAUUAAAAUUUCCAUGCGCUCUGCUGUUUUACAAUUUUAAGGUCAAAAAAUUUCGAUUUUGAAUAUAUAUCUCAAAAUAGAUCGUUAUACAUAAAUUUGUUGUUAAACCUUGGUGAUACACCAGUAGCUGAAAACGUUUUCCUUUGAACUGCAAUGCAGGCUACCUUACCUAUUCUCACCGGAUUUAUUAGAACUAACAUCGUCAAAUAUUUGCCGUGGCUUUAGAAGAAUCUUUUCGAUAGUUCCCUUUGAUUUCAUCUCUUCCAAUUUAAUUGAUAUAAUUCUACAAGCAAAAAAGAGAA